AUGCAGGAAGAGCGGACGAAACAACAGUCGGAGGUGGAUGAUAAUGGUGUUCUUUGUAUACGGCCGCCAAGAACAGCGGGUAAUAAGGAACAUUUGCAGCGAAUCAAUUACCUAAUGCAGCUGGCUGUGUUUCAUACAGCGCAUAAUUCUAAAGAUACCUUUCAAGGGCUGUCGCGGGAGUAUGCUUCGAAUAUGGAUCUGAUACAAAAGAAGACCAAAGUGGCUUUGAUGCCCACAGUAAAGCGAAGGGUUUGCAAACAAUGCCGUAGAAUCCAGCUCCCCACCAAGACAAUGAGGUCAUAUAUUGAGAACAAAUCUAAAGUAGGACGCUUGAACCCUAAGGCUGAUGUUGUGGUAUAUCAGUGCCGUUGUGGCGGGGUAAAGCGGUUUCCUGUAGGUAAAGAUCGAACAUACAGGACAUACACAGAGAUAGAAGGAAACGUUUUAGAUUUAGAAGGCACACAUGGGGGGGACUGA